GUUAGUUUAGUAGCUUCCUCUCCGUCAUCUUCUUCCACCUUCUCAUCCUAACUGAAACCCAAAAAAAAAAAAAAAAAACCGCAGCGAAUUACCAAUAUUUUUUCAAUUGAUUUACUCUGCAUUCAACAAAACAUGUCAUUGCCUAACCGUUUUCUAAAUUUCUGAAUGUUCACUUGUUACAGAAAAUGACCCUUUCACCCUCUCUCUUCGUGCCCAAUCCUUCACCUUUCUCCCCCACGCUCUUCAACCCCAACAACAGCUUCCGGCAACUCUUCUCGAAAACCAAAAACAACUCGAGAUUCCGAUUCCGUUUCCGUUUCCAAUUCCAAGUUCGCGCGAAGACCCGGGAACUCAUCCUGGGUAACCCGUCGGUGACCGUAGAGAAAGGAAAGUACAGCUACGAUGUAGAAACCCUAAUUAACAAGCUGAGCAGCUUGCCUCCACGUGGCAGCAUCGCUCGGUGCCUUGACGCGUUGAAGAACAAGCUUUCCCUGAACGACUUCGCGACGGUGUUCAAGGAGUUCGCUUCGCGUGGCGAUUGGCAACGGUCGCUGCGUCUGUUCAAGUACAUGCAGCGCCAGAUAUGGUGCAAGCCCAACGAACACAUAUACACGAUUAUGAUAACUCUUUUGGGAAGGGAAGGGUUGCUUGAUAAAUGCCGCGAGGUGUUCGACGAAAUGCCAAGCCAAGGUGUGGCACGCAGCGUCUUCGCCUACACAGCAAUUAUCAAUGCCUACGGGCGAAACGGUCAGCAUCAAACUUCUCUUGAGCUUCUUGAGAGAAUGAAGCAGGAGAGGGUUUCUCCGAGUAUAUUAACUUAUAAUACUGUGAUAAAUGCUUGUGCUAGGGGAGGGUUAGAUUGGGAGGGUUUGUUGGGGUUGUUUGCUGAAAUGAGACAUGAAGGGAUACAGCCAGAUGUUAUUACUUAUAAUACUUUGCUUAGUGCUUGUGCUCAUAGGGGAUUAGGUGAUGAAGCUGAAAUGGUGUUUAGAACCAUGAAUGAAGGUGGGGUUGUUCCUGAUAUCACCACUUAUAGGUAUAUUGUUCAGACAUUUGGUAAGUUGAAUAGACUUGAAAAGGUUUCGGAGCUUCUUAGGGAAAUGGAGUCUGGGGGUAAUUUGCCCGAUGUUCCUUCUUAUAAUGUGCUAUUAGAGGCCUAUGGUGAGUCAGGGUCCAUCAAAGAGGCGAUGGGUGUGUUUAGGCAGAUGCAGGCUGCGGGGUGUGUGCCGAAUGCUGCCACGUAUAGCACUCUGUUGAAUUUGUAUGGGAAGCAUGGGAGGUAUGAUGAUGUUCGUGAUCUUUUUCUUGAAAUGAAAGUGAGCAACACGGACCCUGAUGCUGGUACUUACAACAUUCUCAUACAGGUCUUUGGAGAGGGUGGGUACUUUAAGGAGGUAGUCACUUUGUUUCAUGAUAUGGUCGAGGAGAAUAUUGAGCCAAACAUGGAGACUUAUGAGGGUUUGAUAUUUGCUUGUGGGAAGGGAGGGCUCUAUGAAGAUGCCAAGAAAAUUUUACUUCAUAUGCAUGAAAAGGGAAUAGUGCCAAGUUCAAAGGCUUAUACUGGGCUAAUCGAAGCAUAUGGGCAGGCUGCACUGUAUGAAGAGGCUCUAGUUGCGUUUAACACUAUGAAUGAAGUGGAAAGCAACCCAACUGUUGAGACCUACAAUUCACUCGUUCAUGCAUUUGCAAGGGGGGGAUUGUACAAAGAAGUGGAAGCAAUAUUAUCCAGGAUGGGUGAGUCAGGUUUACCGCGGGAUGUGCAGUCAUUCAAUGGUGUGAUUGAAGCUUUUAGGCAAGGAGGUCAGUAUGAAGAGGCUGUAAAAGCUCAUGUUGAGAUGGAAAAAGCAAAUUGCGAUCCUAAUGAGCUGACACUUGAAGCAGUCUUAAGCGUAUACUGCUCUGCAGGUCUUGUUGACGAGAGUGAGGAGCAUUUCCAAGAAAUUAAAGCUUCAGGAAUAGUGCCCAGUGUCAUGUGCUACUGCAUGAUGCUAGCUCUUUACGCAAAGAAUGACAGGUCAAAUGAUGCCUAUAAGCUAAUUGAUGAGAUGAUCACAACGAGGGCAUCGGAUAUUCACCAAGUGAUCGGGCAAAUGAUCAAGGGAGACUUUGAUGAUGAGUCUAAUUGGCAGAUUGUAGAGUACUUUUUUGACAAACUCAAUUCUGAAGGAUGUGGAUUGGGAAUGAGGUUCUACAAUGCCCUAUUAGAAGCUCUUUGGUGGUUGUGCCAGAGAGAAAGGGCUGCAAGAGUGCUGACUGAAGCAUCAAAGCGAGGGCUUUUCCCUGAACUUUUUCGUAAAAAUAAACUUGUGUGGUCUGUGGAUGUACACAGGAUGUGGGAAGGUGGUGCAUUAACAGCACUAUCAAUGUGGCUGAACAAUAUGCAGGAGAUGUUCAUGACUGGGGAGGAUCUUCCUGAGCUUGCAACAGUUGUUGUGGUCCGGGGUCGAAUGGAGAAAAGCGGAGACACCCAAGAUUUUCCUAUCGCAAAGGCUGCCUUUUCAUUCCUGCAGGAUAAUAUCACAUUGUCGUCUUUUACAUUCCCUGGAUGGAACAAAGGUCGAAUUAUUUGUCAGCAGUCACAACUAAGGCGAAUUCUGUCAGGAACUGAAUCAUCUUCGAGUAGGGAAAAAAUGGAUAAAUUAAUAUCUUUGAGUAAUACCCCGUUGACUACUGCAGGAGCUAUUACAUCCAAAUCUGAUAUGCAAAGUGGUAAAGCAAAUGAUGUUGAUUCUAGAACUGAUAGUACCAGAACAGAGCUUCUAACAAGUGCAGUUUAGAUUAGAGAAGUAUUGAAAUUUCAUUCAUCACUUUCCCAUGUCCUGUUUUGGUUGAUUUGAAAAUUAAGACUGGGGCACAUAUUUGUUCCACUAAUAUUCCUAAGUGGGCUGGCAUUCCGGUCGCCAAAAUUUUGGUAUAGAUAUUCUCAAGGUAUCUGAAGAAGCCCGGUUGGCUAUCGACACCAAUAUUUACCAGUGUAUUUGAUUUUCUGAUUCUGCAUAGGAGACAACAACAUAAAAAAAAAUAGAAA